AUGGGAUUCACCUUCAAAUUCUACAAACAUAAGCAUCUGUUUCGGCUGAAGGAAAAUUGGAAGAACAUCGGGGCGCACGUUUUGUACUGCUCGAGUGAGGAGGCGCCGGAGCCGGUGGAGAGGGUAGAGGAAGAGAAGAAAAAAGAUCUGGGUGAAGAUGGCGUCCCUGGGAGUGAUUCCUGCAGGGGACAUGGUGACAUAACCUAUCCCGAAAUUGUAAACACCAUCCAGUACUCAUCCAUUUGUAUAUCUGUCUUUAACAAGCAGAAGGAAGUAGCAGGAAUUAUUUCUCUGGACUAUGAAUUGUGUGCAGGUUCUUUUGGAAAAAGAACACAUGAGCGGAUACCGCUCUGUGAUAUUUACAAUUCUGUAUCAUUACACAUAAAGGAGCAUUCUGUAAUGUCGAGUUUGUCUCGAAACAAUUCUCUUAUAAUAAAUUUAGUGAUGAGCAAACAUGUGAACUACUUGGAUGACCUAUGUUCCUACGUGUUCUAUACAUUCGAAGAUAUUGUUUUCAUUUUACUGUUUUUGCAAAAAAACAAAAAAAAAAAAAAUGAAGAAUAUUUCUCCUGUGAGAAGAUGAACAAAUGUCUACACAUCGAUGUGAAGGAGCAUUUGAAAAUGGACGAACUUCCAUAUGAUCGGAUUGUUCUUUUUUGUAGAUACUCUUACACUAAUAAAAUUUAUUUGCGACCGACGUGCAGUUCGGAUGUGUAUGAUCUGCAUGAACUGCUCAGGAAAUAUUCACUACAAAAUGGAGGGGAAGAAAAUCACUAUCUCAUUUAUAAUCUCAUUGAAAGAAAAACUGAGGAGGACAUCCUCCUAUCGAUACUUAAUAAUAAGAAAAAAAUCAUUGGAUUCGUUUGGCUAAAGAAAAACAUAGACGUUAAUAUCCUUGUCCGUCUGUAUAACUUGAAGGCUUACAACUAUCUAUUGCGCCGAGAAUUCUUUCAGGAUAUUGUCUCAUCAUUGGUUCCUUUCUCUGAAGGGACGAAAAAUCUGAACAAGAAAAAAAAAAAAUAUAUGUUCAUCCAAUUUAAGCAAUUCAUUUUGAGCCAAAUAAGCAUCAAGUCAGAGGCGGAUCUGGAGAAGAAGCACGAAAUCGGUGCAGACGUUAUUUAUGGAUAUUUAAUGGAACAUUUGAUGGAGGACGUGGAGGAGUAUGCCGCAUAUUUUGUCAAGAAGGAUUUAGACACGCGCGUCAUCCUGCGGAAUAUCUACAGCAAGCUGCAGUACGACUAUGAAAAUUGCACACAGGAUCAGGAUAAUGGAAGAAUAAACUUUGCACUGAUGAACAAGCUGAUCAAUUUGUGUGCCAAUAUAAGCUACUCCGACAUCGCCCAAAUCAGCGCCAAAUUCCAAAGCCAUUUCGAUAAGGUUGAGAUGCUCUACUACAACUUUAAUACAGACAAGACGUACAAGAAGAUAUACGAUAAAAUAUGGAGGAAGAAAGCGGGCAUAAAGACUGACGAGGGGGGAGAACAUGAUGCAAAAAAAAUCAAUAUCAUCAAGCUAAACUGCGACAAUAGCGGUACGAGCAAGUCAGGCAAGAAUUCCAAGGAUGUGGUGAAUCUGUCCUACUUUGAUAUAUUCCUUCUUUUGCAAAAUAUCUAUCCGGAAAUCUUCAAAAAGAACGAAAUCAUCCUGCUAUUUCUCUUCCUUGAGUUGUAUGAGUUGAUCACCGUGGAAGAGUCGACCCCAUUUGAUUGCGUCUCAUUCAAGCUCUAUCUGGAUGAACUGGUAGACAUAAAGAAAAACUACUUCAUCUGUAAAUACAAGCACAUGGACUGGCUGAGCAGUUUGAGUGACAAGGACAAAAACGCCUUUUCGCUAAACUUGUUCAUUUUGAAUGAGAAGUACCACCAUCACUGCAAAGACGUACUGCUGAAGAUCGAGAAGUACUACGACCAAGUGGACUACGUUGUGGCGACAAACAACGAGCGAGGGAAAAUACCCCUCAUCCUAAAUUACUUCAAUCGUGUGAAGAAGAAAAAAAAGACAAACACUUUGGAGUCCUUGUAUGUACUGAACAAGUACACUCUUUUCCUUCCUCCAUGCACGGAUUAUAUGAGGAUGACUGAUAUAGAAGAUGUGCAGAAACUUUUGGAGAGCGUGAGGGAAAAGGAGAAGGAGCCAAUUAAUAGGGCUAUUUUGUCUUUAAAGGAGUUCUACAGACGGGGCGUUGGGCAUGGGGAGGAGGCCCCCUCAGAGCUUAAAUUCUACCGCACACAAAACUAUUACAUCUUCGUUACAAGGUGCGGAGGCAAAGUUAUCAACGUGACCGCUGGAUGCAUCCUGAACAACAUCGACUUUUACUACAAGCUGAAAGCUUUCGAUUUUAAGGAUAUCAUCCUGAGGAACGAGAACUGUGAAGAGAAGCACUUCCUACUCUCCUUCUUUCUGUCAAUAAUUAUUUUCAAGUUUUACGACAAGCGUAUUGUCCACAAUAUUUUGGGAAUGACGAAGGCCUGCUCGUGCCAGAUCAACGUAGGAGACAACAGCUACAGCGACAUCUACAAGCACUUCAAGUUCUUAUUUAUGAAGGAUAACAGCGUCAACAUUUAUAAGAAGCAGCCGCCCAUAGGUGUAGAGACAACUUCUAAUUAUGUCGGUAGCCAAAGACCGAAGAGCGAAAGCCACGAAAAGUUUUAUCUCGUGAUGACGAAGCAAAUGUGCCUCAAAAAAUUUACAAAUAUCGACCACAACAUCGUUUUCUGGGGGAUCAACGACGUGUGUCUAAGUGUGAUAUACAAAUUGAUGAAAAACAAUGUGUAUUUUUUUAACAACGUAAUUAUAAUCAGCCCGUAUAUAAAUCAAUUUCUUGAGGGAACCACUACUGAUGCGACAGAGCAAGACGACUAUCAGUGCAACACCAUCAAAAACUGCAGUCUGGAGAAUGUAGAAAUGUAUAAGAAACUAUCAAACUUAAUGAUCAAAGAAAGGGUGAAAAUAAUUCACGAUAAUAUUUUCAGCAUCGAUAGAGAAAAUAAAAAGAUUGAGUUAAACAACAGUGUGUUUAUUUUUUAUGAUUACCUUUUUAUUUGUUUUGAUAAGGAAGACAUUAGCACUUAUUCGUUUCAACUGAACAGUUAUGAAAUGGGUAAGAAAAAAAACUUCAAUUUUAUCGAAAGGAAUAAGAGCUCCGCUUGUCCUAAUGAGCGCUUCGACUUUUUAACCAAGGCAAAGGAUUACGAGAAAUUUGAGUCGACCGAAUGGCCCGCAAAGGAUCGAUCCGUUGGGAAGGCAACACCUAGGAGGGGAAAAUAUGGUCUGAACAGGGGGAAGAGGCAACAUGUGGAUAGUCCAACCUUGCACGGAAGGAAAAAUGCUUUAGGAGAAACUAAUGGAGGAAAAGACAGGGCAAACAAUAUGUAUAAUCCUGAGAUAGGGGAUCCUUCUAGCAGCUCCGACUCCAGCGAGGGAGACAUUACAGGGGUUGCCCAUAAAGGAAUGAUACAUGGAAAAGUUCACCAUGAGCUGAGGGGUGAACCCAUCGGAGGAAUUAAUCCAACAGGAGAGUUGAGGAAAACAAACGAUGAAGAGGAGUACCACUCUGAUUACUCAAGUCUAUCGUCCAGGUGCAUAGAAACAAGUGAAACGAGUCUAUCAGAAGGGGAGGCGGAGGAUGGUGACGCACUGGAAAUGGUCGACACGAAUGAUUAUGCAUCCUAUCAGGAGGGUGGUAGGGGCGGAAAAAGGGGAAACCCCAUUGACGACGCGUUACAUAGAGAGAAGAGCUUAAGCGGGGGAGCCACGUUAAACAAAGGUGUGGGAAGUAAGGGAGAAUUGUUGAGCGAAGGUAAAAAACGGGUAUCAAAAAUGGUUGGCAAAGUGAACAAUUCGGACAGAGCAGAUAAAGCGCACAAUUCAGAUGACACGAGAACAACACAGAUGGUGAAGGCUGCGGCGCGUCCCCCCGCGGAGAGGAAAAAUGUGGAAGGGGUGUUUAGCAUCAGCGACCCCUUCCUGGAUAAGUAUUUUGAUAAAAAUAGCACCUACAUGACUGUCGUAAAAAAUUGCGUAAGUUACAUCGUCAUCUAUAGCGAUAAUAUGGACAUUCUGACGGUAGUUAAUUUUUUCUUGAAAAAUGGAGUGAAGUCUUACAAGCUUUUAAUUAUAUCACCACACACAUGUACCAAGUGUAGUGAAAAAAAUUUAAAAAAUAAUUUAAAAGAAAAAAUAUCUAAACAUAGAGUCUAUUACGAACACAAGAAACAUCUGAAGGAAAAUUAUAUAAUAUCUGAUCAGUCCUUUAAAAAAAAUAGUUAUCACAAGAAUUGCGUUCCUGAUAAUAUUAAGCAUGUCCUAAACAAAGUGUUUGUCCUUUUUCAUUUUUUAAAAAUCCGAAUAAUCCAGGGAGAGAUUAUUGCCAUUAAGAAGAACAAACAGAAUCGCUUGAAACAUGUGGUUGUUCGCUUUUGCAAACAUGCGAAGGUUGAUUCGACUUUGGUGUCUUCUCAGAAGUUUCUUUUUAAGAACACCGUGUUGAUUCCUUGCAGAGUUCUGCUCUGCUCCUAUGUGUUCAACAUCAGCAACCACCUCCACUACGUUCUGAACAAGGCCUCCAUAGUAUACAACGAUCGCAUCUGUGUGAAUCACAAAUUUCAAACGAAUGACAAAUUCAUCUUCAGCGCCGGAGAGCUCUGCGCAUUUUCCAGCAAGUACCGAAUAGGCAAAGAGAACAUUCUAAACCAUGAGCAGUACAAUGGAACCGAAAUUGGGAAUCUCGUAAGCAAAAGGUUUUUAAGUAUUAUCAUUGAAAAUGUUAAUAAGCCAUGCGAUUUAUCUGGCUCCAGUGGGAACAUGAGGGGCGCAAACCAAGGGGGAAAAGACCAACAUGAAGAAAGAUGCCAGGAUGGCGAAAACUACACGAGCGAUGAUGUAAUGAGUCCUGUCGAUCUGUACAGGAAGCUGAAGGUUUUCGAGAAGCCCAUCAUCCACUUCAGCUGUCUCCCUUGCGAUUUCUACUUCUAUCAUUUCCAAGCGCCCACAGGGGAUCUCUGCAAAUUCCACGAACCUCGUGCCACGGGCCAUGGCAGUAUCUGCACUGUAGACAAUGCUGACGGGGUGGAUACCAUCGGUGGGGUAAACGCCACAGGAAAGGAGGUAACUGAGGGGACAAAUUUAGCCAAUGUGUAUAAAGUAGCCUUCUUGACGGACACCCUAAAGAUAUGUAUGCGAAGGGAUAUGCAGAUAAGUGAGCGCUUCAAAGUGAAGCAUUUCGAGGUCGCCAAAAAUAUCAGCACGGAAGGCUACUACUGCAGGGUCACCACGAAUUCUUUGAACCUGAUAAACUCGUUCACCUAUUUGGGUCGCCAAAAACUGAACUUCCAUAAUCUGCACAAGUUGUGCAAUAUGUCCAUCAACUACUUCUACACGAUACUUAAAAAUAUAAGAACCUCCCCGGAUUAUGAUAUUUUGAGUUUGCUAAGUGAAGAGAGGGAGAAAUCCAUUUUUCACUACAAAUUCCAAAUGUUCAGAGAAAAACUGAAGACCAAGUUAAUGCACCUACCUUUGCUGAAGAACUCCAUCCAGGCAAAUCUACAGGGCGUCAAGGAUGCGGAGUCCUUCCGGAAGUACGUACGCGAAAAGUUGUUUUUAGAAGAUGGCCCCAUGACAGAUAUUAUCAAGGAAAAGGUGGAAACGCACCUGAUCGAAUACAUAAAGGAAAACCACGAAUUGCUCAACGGGUACUACUUGCCUGGCUGA